AUGCCUGUGGCCUCCACCAGGACAGAACCUGUGCCCCAAGUGGUGGACGCAAUGAGUGACAGCACCACCAGCUCCACCACGGCCAAUGACCUGGACCUCAUCUACCUCAAAGGCAUCAUGGAGAGCCCUCAGGAGCAGGAGGCGAGCCUGAAGGAUCUGCGUCUGUCGCCGGUGAGGGAGAACAACGUGGAGCUCCUGCAGGAGAUUCUCAGAGACCUGGACCCCUUCACACACCGCUCCAACACUGCAGCUGAGCUCGCAAGCAUACUCACACAGCCUCACUUCCAGUCUCUACUGGAGACUCAUGAUUCAGUGGCGUCGCAGGCAUGUGAUAGCCCACCCCCGAGCCCAUGCGAUUUUGUGGAUCACGAGCCAGAAGACGGCCACAAGCACAACCUGCCCCCUCCACCUGACGCAAUCCGCAUGGUGGGCAUACGCAAAGUGGCGGGGGAGCAUCUGGGUGUGACAUUCAAGGUGGAGGGUGGUGAGCUGAUUAUAGCCCGCAUCCUCCAUGGAGGGAUGAUAGACCAGCAAGGACUGCUGCAUGUUGGAGAUAUAAUCAAAGAGGUGAACGGACGAGAGGUGGGCCAGGACGCGAGGGUGCUGCAGGAGGAGCUGCAAGCAGCCAGUGGGAGUGUAGUUCUGAAGAUACUGCCCAGCUACCAUGAAACCAUUCCGCCAAGACAGGUGUUCUUUAAGUGUCACUAUGACUAUGAUCCAGCCAAUGACAACCUGAUUCCCUGUAAGGAGGCGGGCUUAAGGUUUGAGACAGGAGACAUCCUGCAGAUAGUCAACCAGGAUGACGUCAACUGGUGGCAGGCCCGUCAUGUGGAGGGUGGUAGCGCUGGACUGAUCCCCAGUCAGAUGCUGGAGGAGAAGAGGAAAGCGUUUGUUAAGAGAGACGUGGAACUGGCACCUGCAGGGAAUCUUUGUACUGGUGUUGGUGGGAAGAAGAAGAAGAAAAUGAUGUAUGUGACCACCAAAAAUGCAGAGUUUGACAGACAUGAGAUAUUGCUCUAUGAGGAGGUGGCCAAGGUCCCGCCUUUCAAAAGGAAAACUCUGAUUUUGAUUGGUGCCCAGGGUGUGGGGCGGCGAAGACUGAAGAACAAGCUCUUACUGAGGGAUCCACUUCUAUUUGGCACCACCAUUCCAUACACCUCCAGAAAGCCCAAAAAGGGCGAUCGCGAGAGCCGGAUGUACGCCUUCACCAGCCGCAGCAAGAUGGAGACCGACAUCAAGAACGGCCGCUAUCUUGAACACGGAGAGUAUGACGGCAACCUGUACGGAAUCAAGAUCGACUCCAUACAUGAGGUGGUCGAGGCUGGACGCGUCUGCAUCCUGGAUGCUAACCCGCAGUCUCUCAAAGUGCUGAGGACCUCUGAGUUCCUGCCCUACGUGGUGUUCCUUCAGUCCCCAGACUUCGAGGUGCUGAAGGCGAUGAACCAGUCAGCUGCAGAGGCCGGGGUGGUUACUAAGACACUGACGGAUGAAGAGCUGCAGAGGACGUGCAACGAGAGCAGCAAGAUCCAGGCGGCCUACGGUCAGUACUUUGACCUCAGCGUCGUCAACGACAACCUGGACGAGACCUACCGCACCGUCAAGGCUGCCCUGGAAACGGUUUCUAAAAACCCCCAGUGGGUCCCCGUCACCUGGGUUUUCUAG